CGUCAAUGAACGUCUGAGUAGCCAGGCACUAAAAUAGAACUUUGUUCUUUUUGUGAGGCGUGAAGCGCUGCGAGUCCUGCCUCUCCCGUCUCAUCAUUGCUUUUUAGGAGAAUAUACACACAUAGGUGAUUGAAAUAUGAAUUGAGGUCCAUAUAAAGAAGAAAAAAACCUGAAGGAGGAGAGAUUACAAGAAACAAACUCGGUUUACCCUUUUAUCUGUGGAUUAACUGUCGGUGUAGAGGACCUUGUGCCUUGUUUAUACCUCUAUACAAAUUAACUAGCUAAAUUGACAUAAAUGUUUAAUGCUUUUUGACCUGUCUCCAAAUUAAUAUAGUGGGUUCAGAGUUUGUUUUGAUAUUUCAACCUGCAUGUCCUGAUCGUGUCUGGUGUGGGUGGACAAAAUCAACAUGCGCGCGCGGUGCGGUAAGAUUGAAGAGCAGGCAGACCAACUUUCCAAAUAGUGGAAAAGCACGCAAAACCCACUAGUUGUUAUUUCAAGGAAAAUAAUACAAAAAUGGCAAAAGGAAAUCUGAUGAGAACCAUGCAAACAAACAAACAAAGAAACGACAAUGUGACGCUGCAUCCAGAAUAACUGAAAUAUUUGAAACUGAAACCAAGACAGAGGUGAAGAAGAUCAUGCAACGUGUCAAAAGCAAACUUGAUGAUCUGCCUUCUACGAAACUCAUUGACUUCCUCAGAGGUAAAAUCCAAACAUUGGAGAAAGACAAAAAAGAGAUAGUGGGUGUUUUUGGGAAGACUGGAGCUGGUAAGAGCUUCUUGAUUAACACCAUCUUGGGUGAGACAAAAUUGCUGCCCUCUGGAAACCAAGGGGCAUGCACCUCGGUCAUGAUUCAGGUGGAGGCCAAUAUGACAGACUCUGACUCUAAAUACAUCGCAGAGAUUGAGUUCAUGACAGAGGAGGAAUGGAAAGAGGAUCUAUGGUCCAUCUUCAGAGGCAGAUCUUAUGAGGAUGGAAAUGAUCAAGACCAGGAUGAUGAUGAUGAUGAUGAUGAUGAGGAUGAAAAGAUAUCAGCUUUGUAUGGAAAAGAUGGACGUGGGGCAACCUUAGAAGAACUAAUGGACAGGAAGCACUUCAGAGAAAUUCCAGAGUUUCGUUUAUCAGUCAAGAAAAUAUUUCUAUGUGACACAGCAGAAGAACUCUCUGAAAAGAUCACUUGUUACACACGGAGUGACAUACAGAGUGAUACAUUUAAAAGACAGUAUUGGCCGCUUGUGAAGUGUAUAACCAUCAAGGUGCCAAACUCCAAAGACCUGCUGGAGCAUGUUGUGCUGGUUGAUCUUCCAGGCAAUGGAGACUGCAACAAGAGCAGAGAUGAGAUGUGGAAAUUGUUUGUUGGAAACUGCUCUGCUGUGUGGAUUGUGAGCGACAUUGCAAGAGCAACUUCAGAAAAGGAAUCUUGGGAGAUUUUAGACAGCACCGUUAGUCUCUUUGGACCUGGUGGAGAAUGUCGAAGCAUCAGUUUCAUCUGCACCAAGACAGACGACAUUGAGGAGAAUCAAAAGGCUGAUGCACGUACCUGUAUUUUAAGAAGAAAUGAAACAACCAAGAAGCAAGUGAGGGACAAAUUCAACAAACAAAAAGAAAUUAAGAAACACUUCAAUGAGGAAAAUGAUUUCCUUAAGGUGUUUACUGUGAGUUCCAAGGAAUACGAAAAGGGAAACCAUUUGCAACAAGUAGAGACAGAAAUACCCAAACUUCAGGAAUUUCUCAGAAAUCUCAAUGAUCGUCGCACAAAGACUUCAGAUUAUGUUUCUGGAGCCUAUGGGAUCCUCUCUCUGAUACAAGGAGCCAAAAGCAGCGACAAGACAGACAGCAAAGAAGAGGUGUGCCAGGUUCUGGAACAGAGGCUCAAGGACGAGAUCAAAUCCAUUGGUCGAACUAUGGAUGAGGCUUAUGAGACUUUUGAACGAUGCCUCUCAGAAGGAGUUCGACAGUCAGAAGCAUCAUGCGAGAUAUUAAUGAAUAAAGUGAUAGCACCAGUAAGCUGUAAAAACAAAACGUUAUAACAUUAAGCGCUUUUCCAUUGUCACUAUACAGUAUAUCCUUGCUAGCCAUUUUGUUCUAGUACCAGAGAAGCUGAAAAUUUCAAGACUCAACCAGGACCCCAAAAACGAUUUGAUUACGUUUUGUAACUCACAUUAGAAUGAGAUAUAUUCAGACUGAAAUACAAUGCAUUCAGAAAGUAAUCAGACCCCUUCCCUUUUUCCCAAUGUUAACCUUAUUCUUAAAUGGAU